AUGGUUCUUCAGUAUGAUGAAAAUGUUCGCAACCUGCUGUAUCGGAGAUCAUGCCAAUACACGCAGAGCGGACUUGUGGAUGCCUCUGUCCUCGAAGCUGAUCUCGUCGAGAGGGUGAAGAGCUUCGCGAAGCGUUAUCCGAACAGCAGGACAGCCCAGGCUUGCAAGGCUGUGGAGGGAUGCACCCCCGACGCUAUCGCUGAAGCCAUCCGCUCGACAUGUCAGCAGGCACGACGUGAAGAGUGGUUUAUGCAGCAGAUUGAAGAAGCCAAGAAAGAGAAGGUCGAGACAUACACCGCCUCAGCAGGCAACGAGGUGACUUCCUUCAUCUCCAUGACUCUCCUGGGCAUCCGAUCUCCUCGGUACUCAGUGCAAGAGAGUAAAGCAAUCAUGUGGAAGGCUCCGUAUAGACCCGAGAUAGCGAGUGCUGAGGAGAUCCCGGUGACUGUUUCCUUCCUCCGCAAUGCACAAGCGGAGAAGCUCUGGCAGGGAAGAGAGGACUUCGCGAUCGAUGGUCGCAAGUUCACAGCUGUACAU